GGGGCAAGAGGGGAAAAGUGGGGGAAGAGGGGGAUAACGGACGGCUUCGGGGCAGGGCCAAAGGAAGGCAAGGGCCUUGACAUCACACGUUCGGAUGCCAAGGCCAUCGACUUCCCAUUCCCUUCGAGGAGGCAGACGCAGGCUCUCCGUCAGACUUCUCCCACCUCGCAGUGCCUCCUCGCAGUGCCUCCUCCUCUGCCUCCUCGUCUGCCUCCUCGUCUGCCUCCACUCAUUCCAGGAAAUCCCGCUCCGAAGAUGUGGCGAGUGAUACUUCUGUUCGUCGGCUUCUUCGGCGCUUCCGACGGUCAAGGCGGAGGACCCGGAAGCCCACAAACGAACCACAUAUUGAGCGACCUGUGCAUCGGCUGCAUCUGCGAGGGAAGCAGCAACUGCAACGCCAGCGUGGGAUGCACCUGGUCCGACCUCUGUGGCCCCUUCUACAUCUCCAGACCCUACUGGAUCGACGCGAGGACGCCCGCGGUGGGGGAUCCCAACGACCCCGACGCGUUCCGGACCUGCGCCACUGAUUGGCAAUGCGCCGCUGCCACCAUGAGGAACUACAUGCAGAAGCACCACAAGGUCAGC